AUGACCAAAGAUGCAGCCAUAAUACCUGAUUCGCACCGUCAACCUGUGGCUGUUCGCUGUCAAAGUUUUGACAUUCGCUCCGUGCCCCGAUUCACGGUGCCGAAACGCGGCCCUUUGUCUAUUCUGUAUGGGCAAAAGAUGUCCCCCGGGCGGUGCGGGCUUCGUGAUUCCCGGGUCAUCAUCGUCAUCGUCACCGUCCUUGCUUUUUCCCUCCCUCAUUUUUGCUGGGCCAUGGUCCCCCGUGGAAACAGGAACAAGUCGGCGAUGCGCAAGGGCAUGUUCCUGAUACUUGAUUGA